GCGUUGUGUCGGGUGUUGGGCGGUGCUUCUUGAGUGACUUCAAGGUCUUGAGGUCGCUACGCCGCUGCACGUUGAAAGGAGAAAGCUUCGGACAUUGAAGACGAACUGAUUGGGCGGCGCAGCAUUUCUUCACUGAAGCCGUCGGAUCUUCGCGGUAACUACUGCGAUGGCAGAAUCAACAGGUGACGCAGCGAGCGCAUUCUGGAAGAAGAAAUACUACGUUAUCAUAACUGGGGCGAGCGUCGGAAUAGGAAGAGCUCUAGCUCAGGCCUUCAGCCGAGAAGUCGCCCAAAAUUCCGUGUUUGUCAUCACCGGUCGCAACGCCGAGAAUCUCAAUGAAACCAAGCGUCUCGUCGCCCAAGAUGCGCCCGGCGUUGAAGUCGUCGCGCAAGUUAUGGAUCAUUCCACGGCCACGUUUGACGAUUACCGAAAGCUGAUAACGGACACCUGGUCCAAGAUUUCUGCAGCGGACGGCAUUUUGCUGGUUCACAACGUAGGCACGAUCGGUGAUGUGCGCAAGUAUGCGACGCAAUUCACCGACGAGAAAGAAAUCGAUGACUACUUUCAUCUCAACGUAACGUCUGUUAUGACGCUGACUUCGGCCUUUCUUGAAAAGUUCCCGAACAGCUCCAACCUUUCUAGGACCAUUAUCAACAUAUCUUCACUUGCCGCUGUCAAGCCAAUGGCUGGCGCGGGCAUUUACUGCACUGGGAAAGCUGCUCGACAAAUGUACAUGAGGAUUAUCGCUGCAGAAAAUCCUACAGUGACGGUGCUGAACUACUCACCGGGCCCUGUAGACACGGCAAUGCAGCGAGAAUUGCACCACGGAGUAAAGGAGCUUGCUGAAGUGGCAAGAGGUUCGGUUGAGGCUGGUAGGGUUCUAACACCGGAGGCCACAUCUCUUAAGCUGGUUAAAAUUCUUAGUGAUCAGAACUUCCACUCUGGUGGCCAUGUUGACUACUUCGACCGAACCUAG